AUUUGCAUAUUUAUUUUAUAGUUAUAGUUAAAUUUUAUAAAAUUAUAGUUUAUUUAUUUGUAUAUUUAUUUGUAUUUUGUAUAUUAUAUUUUUUCAAAUUUAUUAUUUUUGUAUAUAUUUAAUCAAAAACAAUCAAUAAUAAUAAAAUGAUUUCAAACGAUGACUAUUUAAUGGAUAUUAAAGAUAGGGAUUUUCUAUUGGAGGUCGCUAUUGGAUAUACCAAAUCAAUUUCAUUAAGUAUUGCAUUAAAGUUAAAUAUUCCUCAAUUGUUACAAAGUGGGCCAAAAUCAUGUGAAGAAUUGGCAAAAAUUACAAACACCCAUUCAGAAAAUCUUUAUAGAUUAUUAAGAACUCUAUCAACCAUUGGAAUAUUUAUUGAAGAUGAAGAGAAAGAUGGAGUGUUUUCAAAUUCAAGAUUGUCAUUACUCCUAACCAAUACCUCAAACUCCAGUUGGAUCAACAAUAUCUACCUCCAAUCCCACCCAAAUGUAAUCAAAUCAUUCAUGUAUUUAGAAAAAACAAUUGAAACCGGUGAAAGCCAUGGUAUGACAUCACAAGGUUUUUCAAGUGCUUGGGAAAUGUUUGAAUUAGAUACCAAGUUAAAAUCCUAUUUCCACAAUACAAUGACAUGUUUCACUCAAGAUGAAAUCAAUACAAUACUAAAGUAUAUAGAUUUUAACGAAUUUGAAUCAGUGGUAGAUUUAGGUGGCUCCACCGGUGUCCUUUUAAAAGCAAUUGCAAAAAGUAAGAAUGGAAUAAAAGUUAGAUCCUUUACCAAUUUCGAUUUGCCCCACGUAAUCUCUCAAAACAAACAAGAUUGUGAGGAUGAUCGUUAUUCAGACGUCUCUGGUGAUUUUUUUAUUUUGGACUCAAUCCCAAAAGCAGACUGCUACACUUUAAAAUUCAUCCUCCAUAUGUUUAAUGAUGAUAAAGUAUUAUCACUUUUGGAAAAUCUUAAAAGAUCAAUUGAUAAGAAUGGUAAAGUGUAUAUAUUUGACCACAUAGUCCAACCUAAAAACACCCCAUCUGCUCCAUUUUAUUUUGAUUUACAAAUGAUUUUAAAUUUUAAUGGAAAAGAAAGAUCAGUCAAGGAAUGGAAAGAUGUUAUUGAUAGAUCUCCAUUUAAAAUCAACAGCAUAAGGGUUUUAUCAGACAAUAAAAGAAUGUCAUUAAUUGAACUUUCAUUAAAAUAGUUGGUUCAAUCAAAUAAAUUUAUUUAUUACAGUUUUCAAAAAUAAAAAAAUAAAAAAAAUAAUUUAUAAAUAAUUUAUCUUUCUAUUAUUAUUAUUGUUCUAGUUUUAUUGUAUUUUUUUUUUUUAUAUAAUCCACAAUAAAACCCAAAAAGCU